AUGAGUAAUUCUCAAGCUAAUUGUAUAUUUUCUUUUGUUGAUGGAACUAAAUUUAAUUUAACAUCGCUUAGAUUAGAAGGAGGUGGAUUUUAUAACUCAAGUUUUUCAAAUGAAAAUAUAGAUUAUAAUAUAAUAUUUAAUAUUUGUGGUAAUGUUGAAUAUUGUAGAGGUAUUGAUGGAAAUGGUGAUGGGAGUACAUUUUUAGAGAGUUCACAAUCAUGUCAAGUAUUUCCAAAUGAUGAAACAACAUUUCAAACUGGUGUAUUAAAUAAAGAGCAUGCAUAUAAAACAUCAACUGGUAUGGUUUUAGUAUAUACAUCAGAAAUUGAAUAUCCAACAUGCACCUAUGACAAUCAUAAAUCAAAUCAAUUAAUUAUUAAUUGUGAUGAAAAUCAAGAAUUUUUAAUUGUAAAUACAAACAAUUCAACCAGACCAUGUUUUUAUCAAAUAACAAUAAAUUCAAAACAUGUCUGUGAUAAUAAUAAUAAUAAUAAUAGCAAUAGUUCAAGUAGUGAUUGCAAUAUCAGUAAUAGCAAAAGUAGUAAUUGCAAUAUUAGUAGCAGUAUCAAUAAUAGUAGUAGCAAUAGUAGAAGUAGCAAUAAUAGUAGUAGCAGUAGUAGUAGCAAUAGUAGUGAGAGUAGUGGAAGUGGUGGAAGUGAUUGUAGUGUUAAUUGUAAUGGUAGUAGUGAUAGUACAAGUUGGUCAUUACCAUCAUUUUCUAUACCAUCUGAUUCAUCUGAUUGGUUACCAUCAUUUCCUGGUUCAUUACCAUCUGAUUCAUCCGAUUGGCAACCAUCAUUUCCGGGCUCAUUACCAUCUGAUUCGUCUGAUUCAUUGCCAUCUUUACCUGGCUCUCUACCUGAUUCGUCUGGUUCAUUACCAUCGUUUCCUGGUUCAUUACCAUCUGGAUCAUCUGAUUCAUUGCCAUCUUUUCCUGGCUCUCUACCAUCUGAUUCGUCUGAUUCAUUACCAUCAUUUCCUGGUUCUUUACCAUCUGGAUCAUCUGAUUCAUUACCAUCGUUUCCUGGUUCUUUGCCAUCUGGAUCAUCUGAUUCAUUACCAUCUUUUCCUGGAUCUUUUCCAUCUGGAUCAUCAGACACAUUAUCAUCGUUUCCUGGAUCAUUACCAUCUGAUUCAUCUGACCCAUUAUCAUCAUCACCGGGUUCAUUACCAUCCGAUUCCUCUGGAUCAUUUCCAUCGCUUACUGGUUCAUCAGAUCUGUCAUCAACAAUCACUACCACACCAACAACACCGACAACAACUCCAAAUUUUACAUUUACCCCAACAAUACCAACUCUAACACCAAUAAAUACCACCUUUCCAACUUUAACCCCAACAAAUACUUCUUUUCCAACUUUAACUCCAACAAACUCUUCCACCCCAACUCCAACAAAUUCUUCCACCCCAACUCCAACAAAUUCUUCCACCCCAACUCCAACAAAUUCUUCCACCCCAACUCCUACCAAUUCUUCAGAUCCUUCAUCAGCAUCCUCAUUUAACUCCUCUUCAUCAUUUAAUUCUACAUCAUCAAGUAAUUCCACAAUAUCACCAUCAUCAUCAUCUUUAAAUAACUCAACGUCUUCAUUUAAUUCAACAUCAUUAAGUAAUUCAACAUCAUCAAGUAAUUCCACAAUUUCUUCAUCAUCACUGAAUAAUACAUCAUCUAUUUCUGAAGAUUUUUUAGUUUCAUGUUAUUUUACAAACUCAACUAUAUUUGUUAAAAAUAAAGGAAAUGAAUUUAUAAAAUGUAAAGGGUAUGGUUCAACAAAUUGCACAAAUCAAAAUACUCUUUGUGAAAGUAAAAAAAACAAUACCGCAAUUAAUUGUUGGGGUAAAAAAGAAAUUAAUUGUAAAGGUUCUUCGAUAACUUGUUCAGUAUUUGGUAAAUUAACUUGUACAAAUGCAAAUAACUUGGUAGAAUUAGUCAGUGAUGAAACUCAAAGUAUUAGCGAAAGUGAUGGUUAUAUUUUAAACAAUUUUCAGAAUCCAAAAAAUUAUUUUUCAUUUUUAAUAUUUAUUAUUUUUUCCAUUAAAAUUAUUAUUUAA